AUGUCCAAAAUCACAAUGCCUCUCUUUUCUACCGUUUACCUCAUUUUUGCGAUGGCUGGUGCCAUCGAUGCGAAAAAGUGUAACAUCCAAUUCGACGGCAGAGUGCCUACCGCUUUCACUCCUGCCGACUUCGAUACUUCAGCUAGUCCCUUCAAUAACGGUUUUGUCUUUGGAAAAGGCCUAAAGGCUAGCGAUGUUGUUACGAUUCCGAACCUUCCGCCCUCAUUGUUUGAUGGCACUGCCGGCAAGCCGUUUCAAGUGAACAUUGACGAUAGGUCCAUCUUCGCUCCGACUGAAACCAAUGUGCAAACCGGAUUUCGUCGGGCCGAAAUGCUGCCUAUGAGCAACAAUGGUACCGAUCCUUCAACUUCAGGUAUCAAAACCGUACAUUGGAGUAUGAUGAAAGACCCAAAGAAGCCCUUCAAUCUGACACAUGAGUAUCAAAUGGUCUUUCUGGAAAGCUCCAUCUUCAGCUCGAACCAGUUUGCUUUGAAGUACGGUGAUCUUAUUGGAAUUCAUCCUAAGGACUCGGAUGUUUUGCAUCUCUUUGGCAACUCGAACACUCAACCCUCGCCGGAGUUGUUCACAACAAAGUUUACCGAGGGAGUUUUCCACAACUUUGCGCUAACUUUAGACUUUACCAAAAAUCUCACCCAAGUAUACUACUCCCAAGGUUCCGACCCGCUCGUUCCCCAAGGCAAGCCACAAGUGAAUGAUAUUCAGGGUCAAGGCCAGUUCCAUUUUGGAGUGCUGAAAAAGUCAAUCAAUGGAACUGGUGACCUAACAAAGUCUGGAUUUCACGAGUCUGGCAUCAAUGAGGGACUUAUCUUUGGAGGUAUUUUCCAGGAGGACAGCGCUGAUGGAUGUGUGACCUUGUCUCCUUGA